AUGACUUCAUUUUUCAAUCCAAAAUUUUCGAAAGAUUUCUCCCUAAUCCUAAAUAGCAAUGACGAUAAUUAUGAUACUAUUAUUCAAGUCGGCGAAAACGAAAAUAUAAAAGAAUUUUGUGUACAUUCAGUAAUUUUACGUUCUCGUUCUCCUUAUUUUGAAGGUGCUUUUUCAUCCUCCUGGGUUAAAAAGGAAAAUGAUAUAAUCAUUUUUAAUAAGCCAAAUGUUACACCAAAUAUUUUUGACAUGAUUUUAAGAUAUAUUUAUUCAGGUAAGCUAGACUUGACAGAAAAACUGAGUGAUAUUCUUAAGCUUUUAGUCGCAUCUGAUGAAUUGCUACUUGAAGAAUUAUGUGAUUAUUUACGAGAAUACUUAACAAAAGAACGAUAUAAUUGGAUUCAUAAAGAUUUCGUUCUUGUCUUUUAUACUGUACGUAAACUUGCAAAUUGCGAGUUUCUACAAAAUUAUUGUUUUGAAACCAUUUGUUUCGACCCAGAGUUUAUAAUUACUUCAUUUAGCUUUCCCUCAUUAGAAAGAGAUAUGUAUUAUGACCUACUUGAACGAGAAGACUUAUUAAUUAAAGAAAUUGUUGCUUGGGAUUACUUAAUUAUAUGGGGUAUAAAACAAACUUCAAGUUUGAAUUGUGAUAUAAACAAAUGGAAUAAUAAGGAUUAUGAAGCAUUAAAGGAAACGUUGAAUGAAUUUAUUCCUCUUAUUCGAUUUACGAAUAUUACUUUUGAUGAUUUUAAUAAUAAAGUCAGACCAUAUAAGAAUAUAAUUCCUAGUCAAAUUUAUAAAGAAAUUGAAGAAUUUUAUAAUAAAGGUACUAUACCAAAAAUAAUAUUACCACCUAGAAAAAUAGAAAAUUUUAAUUCAAAAAUUAUCAAAUCUAGACUUAUAAGAAGAAUUAUUGAAUGGAUUAAUAUAGAAGAUUUCUGGAUUUCAAAUUACAAUUUAAAUCUUAUUUAUCGUGGUAGCAUUGAUGGUAUUAGUAACAAAUCAUUUAAAAAUAAAUGUAAAGGUCAAGUAAAAAGUUUAGUUUUAAUUAAAGUUAAUUAUUCAAAAAAAAUAAUUGGCGGAUAUAGUUCUAUUGGAUUUAAUUCAAUUGAAGAUAGUCUUUUACGUAUUUAUGAAGAUAAUCACCGAUUUUAUCAUUCAUCAAAUAACUUUAUUUUUUCAUUAGAAAAUGAUGAAGAUACUCAAAAUAUGAAAAUAAGUCGUGUGAUAAAUUAUGAUAAAGCUAUAUACGAUCAACCUCACAAUGGAUUUAAUUUUGAGAUGUGUAUAAGAGACAGGCUAUAUACGAUCAACCUCACAAUGGAUUUAAUUUUGGUUAUAAUGCAUUUUUUAUGA